AAUGCUCUACUAGUCUGCUGGAAAUAAAAUAAGAAGUAGAACGAGACAAAACCAAAAUGGCGUUGAACGGAGAAGGUUUAAACGUGGCCAUUAUAGUUUUGUAUUUUUAAUUUGUGUAUACAUGUACGCAUGUAUGACGCCUAAGUUAUGUUAGUAAUUGUUUGUAUUCACAUACAUUAGUCACUUUGACGCGUUUCGUUCUCGCUGAGUUAACUAGUUAGCUUAGCUUGUUAGCUGCUAACAAAGACGCAGAAGUUAUCAACACAUCGCUAAGCAGAGAUCAAGUGUGAGUGUAAAGUGUUGUGAUUGUGUGAAAAUGUGCGAAAGAACGAUAGCAGAGUACGAGGAGGAACUUUGUCAAGCAAAAGAGGAGAAGGAGCGACAACAUCAACUACUGGACGCUGUUCUCAAGAAACAUGAAGUUGUUUUACACAUAACGGACGUCCAGCAGUCCCCUAACAUUAAAGAGGAAGAUCUACAUCCCCCUUGUGUUAAAGAGGCGGAGCCAAAGCCAUCGCAUAUUAAAGAGGAAGAGGAGAAAGUGUGGAUCAGUCAAGAGGAAGAGUGUCUUCUAGGGCAGGAGGAAGCUGAUCUCACCAAGUUUCCACUGACUGUUGUCUCUGUGAAGACUGAAGACCAUGAAGACAAACCACCUGAGUCCUCACCGCUUCAUCACAGUUCAAACAUAUGUGAAGAACAUAUUCUCUCUGAGCAGCAGGAAUGGAGCGUCGGGAUGGAGCAGAAAGAGCCACAGCCCUCCCACAUUAAAGAAGAAGAGGAGGCCCCACAGCCAAUGCACAUGAAAGAGGAAGAGGAGGAAAACAGUAUCAGUCAGGAGGGGGAGCAUCUUGAAUGGUUGGAGGAGUUCCCAGUGAUUGGCGUGAUUGUGAAGAGUGAAGCUAAUGAGGUCAAAGGUGAAAGUGAUAAGAAUAGAGAGGGGGAACCUCCAAGCAGCAACUCAACACAAUACAUGACAACAGAAGCUGAUGGAGACCACUGUGGAGGAUCACAGACAGACAAGCUCUUAGCUCCACUAUCUGAUACUGACGACACAACAUCACGCUCUCCUGACAUUGAUGAGGAAGACUCUAAAUCUGAUAAGACAUGUCACACUGACAACACUCACUUUAAAUGUUCUCACUGUGACAAAACGUUUAAAUACCGUUGUAGUCUGAAAUUACACAUGAGAAUACACACUGGAGAAAAACCUUUUGCCUGCUCAGAAUGUGGUAAAAGUUUUGGCCGAAAAAAUGUGUUGAAAGAACACAUGCACACGCAUACUGGAGAAAAAUCAUUUUCCUGCUCAGUCUGUGGUAAAGGUUUUGUGCAAAGUCAAAAUUUGAAAGUACACAUGGGAAUACACAAUGGAGAAAAACCUUUUUCCUGCGCAGAGUGUGGUAAAUAUUUUGUCCAAAGACGGUAUUUGACAAAACACAUGAGUAUACACACAGGAGAAAAACAUUUUCCCUGCUCAGCAUGUGGUAAAGGAUUUUCGCAGAAAUUUUGUUUGAAAGAACACAUGAAAAUACACACUGGUGAAAAACAUUUCACCUGUUCAAUCUGUGGUAAAAGUUUUGUACAAAGUCAAAAUUUAAAAGUACACAUGAGAAUACACACUGGAGAAAAACCUUUUAUUUGUUCAAUCUGUGGUAAAAAUUUUGUAGAAGGUAACAAUUUGAAAGUACACAUGAGAACACACACCGGGGAAAAACCAUUUACCUGUCCAACAUGUGGUAAAGGUUUUGUAACAAGUCAAAAUUUGAAAGAACACAUGAGAAUACACACUGGUGAAAAACCUUUUAACUGUUCAGUCUGUGGUAAAGGUUAUGUAAACUAUCGAAAUUGUAAAGUCCACAUGAGAAAACACACUGGUGAAAGUGUUGAGUUGCAGUGUGUGUGAUGAAAGAUUCUCUUAUAAGUACCUGUGUAAGAAACACAAGUGUCCUGGUGAGAACAGCAGCAGCAAAUGAAGUCACAACUUUGAUAACUAUGAGUUUCUAACAACAUCAGUACAUAAAACAUGUGUGACGACAUUGUUGUGUGCGUGACACAUACUUGUUAAUAUGCUUCUUACAUUUAUAGGGUAUAUAUUUUAUAUUAUUGUAUUUUUUGUCAAUUAUUUAUACAUGCAUUAAUAUACAACAUUGUGUACUUUCUUUUAAUUGGAGAAAUUUGACUGAAAAGGUGAGAGUAAACAGUACAAAACAUAUGUGACAAACAAUAAACAUUUUAUGUGUAUAUGGAUGUUCAUAA